CAGGGUUUCACUAUAAAUAACAUUACUUCCAUCCUAAAAGGUGAUGGGAUGCAGACUACCUCCCUUUGUGAAGUAGUAGAGGGUUUCACUAACUAUUUCAAAGGUAUCUUGGGUACAUCAGUUGGUUGUGGGAGUCUGGAAGCUACUACUGCAAAGAAGGGUAAUUUGAUUAGCCCUUUAAUGACUGAAAAUCUUCUGGCACCUAUAUCCCACUGUGAAGUCAAGAAUGCUCUCUUUGAUAAUGGGGAUGACAAAAUUGGGAUGUUGUUGGAAAUGAUUUUACCCUAGCUGUUCUAAAAUUCUUUGAGCAUGGCAAACUACUGAAGCAAUUCAAUCACACCACUAUUGCCUUGAUUCCUAAAAGCACCCACAAUCUCAUUGCUGCUGAUUUUUAGGCCUAUAUCAUGUACAAAUGUUUUCUACAAAACCAUCUCCAAAGUCCUGGGUGCAAGAAUGAACCCCUUACUUAUUGAUCUUAUUAACCAAUCACAGAGUGCUUUUGUGGAAGGAAGAGGCAUCACUCAUAAUAUUUUCCUGACACCAGAGCUCGUAAGGGGUUACUCCAGAAAACAUGAAUCUCCAAGGUGCCUCUUCAAGGUUGACGUAAAAAAGCCUUUAAUACAGUUAGUUGGGAUUUAUUGAAGGACGUUUUGUUGGCUUUUGGUUUUCCCCCUAUUUUCAUUGGAUGGAUAUUAUAAUGUAUUACCACCACUACUUUUUCUCUCAGUUAGUGGUGGUCUACAUGAUUUUUUCAAGGGUAGAAGAGGCCUGAGACAAGGCGACCCCAUGUCACCGUCCCUUUUCUUACAUUGUAUGGAGUACCUAUCUAGAAUCCUGUGCAUUCUUACUUCCUCCCAAGAUUUCAACUUUCAUCCCAAGUGCAGCCAACUCAAAAUCUCUCAUGUGAUCUUUGUUGACGACCUCAUGCUCUUCAGUAUGGGAGACUUGGUUUCUAUCCAAACUAUUUUGAAAUUUUUGAAGGACUUUCGUAUGACUUCUGGGCUUUCUAUCAAUGUGGCAAAAUCUAACAUUUUCCUUGCAGGAGUUACUGGACUGGACAAGGAAACUAUUCUUGGUUUGGUAGGCUACCUGGUUGGCCAGUUUCCAGUGAAAUAUUUGAGUAUUUCACUAGCUCGUAUGCGGGUGUCCAUUGCUCAAUACUCCCCUUUGCUAGAGAAAAUUGAAAAAUUCACGAACAAGUGGAAGACAAAAUGUAUAAGCUAUGCUGGAGACUAGUACUAAUUAGGCCCGUUUUACAAGGUGUCCAAUCUUAUUGGAUACAAGUCUUUCCCGUUCUCGUUGUUGUCCUGAACAAAAUCAGCACUCAUUGCAGACAGUUUCUUUGGGGUGGGUCUAAUGCUAAGGUAGCAUGGAUGGAUGUUUGUAGACCAAAGGAAGAAGGAUGGCUAGGGUUGAUGGCAUGCAAAAAUUGGAAUUUUGCCCUCUUGUCCAAAACUCUUUGGAACAUUCAUUAGAAGAAAGACACCCUUUGGAUCAAAUGGAUACACACUGUCUAUUUGAAGGGCACUUUAAUUUGGGAUUGGACACCUCCCUCUGGGUUGUGCCCUUUGUUUAAUAGGCUGAUCAAAAUCAGAGGAGUUAUUUUCCUUGGCAGGAGGGCAAGAUGCUUUCUUAAGAAAACUGCACACCUUCUGUUUUCAAGGUAAGCCAUCUGCUACCAGAAUUUAUGAUUUCUUGAGAAUUAAGGGUACUUCUAAAACGUGGAUGAACUUGAUCUGGAAAAGAUAUAUUCCCCCAAUAUACUCCUUCAAAUUAUGGAUAGGGUUUAGAAAUAGGCUGCCUACUUCUGACAACCUCAUGUACAUUGACAUGGAUAGGACUUGGUUCUUCUGUAAGUCCCAUUUAGAUUCUGCAGCCCACCUCUUCUUCUUAAGCUCUUUCAGUAGCUUGGCUUGGAAAGAAGUGAGAUGUUGGCUGAAAUUUAGAGGGAACCAAACAACUCUUCGUAAGGAUUGCAUUUUGUUGCAUUGUUUAUAUGAUUUGGAAAGCUAGAAAUGAAAAUAUUUUUGCACAUAAAUUAAUGACAAUACCAGCCCUCUUUGUGCAGAUCAAAGUGCAGGUCUAUGCAUUCUUCUCAGGCUAUAACCAACAUGUAUGAUAUGAUUUUUAAGUUGGCUUUUGAAGCAGCUGUAACUUUGAUACUUAGUUUUGGUGUUUCACCUUAUUAUUUGUCUGAGCACUUGUUUCUGUGAUGUUUUUGUUGAUCUGGGAAUGCCCCAUUGCCCUCUGUACACAACACUUUUGUUACCCUUCAAUAUAUUUUACCUUCUAUCAAA